UUCUUCUAUCUAUGUCCUCUAUCGUCUGUUAUGUUUUUGUAGUAUGCAUAGGUAGUAUGUUUGUACUUAUGAUUUCUACUCAAACAGACUCAAUAGACAGACUUCUAAAAUAAAUUACGAACAGUAAAUCAUGAAUGCCCCGCCGACAUUCGAGUCAUUUCUUCUUUAUGAGGGAGAAAAGAAAAUUAUCCGAGAGCAAGACACAAAAGUCCCCAAUGCUGCUAUAUUUACCGUAAACAAAGAAGACCACACAUUAGGAAACAUGAUUAGAAAUCAGUUGUUGAAAGAUCCAAAUGUUAUUUUUGCCGGUUAUAAAGUUCCUCAUCCUCUUGAACAUAAAUUUGUUCUUAGAAUUCAAACUGUCUCAGAAUAUUCUCCUCAAGAAGCUUUCAUGAAUGCUAUAACUGAUCUAAUUUCUGAGCUUUCUUUGUUUGAAGAACGGUUUAAGGAGGCGAUUAAGGAAAAAAAGGAAGGACUGGAUUAGUUUAUAUUAAAUUUAAUAAAUUUAUGUUUUGUAAUGACUUUUUAAUUAUUUAACACCACUGAACCU